AUGGAGUCAGCAUCGUCAAUCAAGAAGCGACACACCGCGCAGCAAGUCGAAGAGCUGUAUGACAAAAUGAUUGCCAGGGCAUCAGCCAUCAGCAAGCGAGAACGAGAUUACAGCCGAUGCAUGAUUAAAAACGGACUAGGUCGUAUACUCGAAUAG